AUGAACUACAGAAAUCUGAUGUUCGAGAUUAAGAAUGGCAAAAAAUCGAUUAUAGAUCGACCGUCGAAAGAGCAUAUACCGGCGGUACAACCAUUAAUUUGGCAAAACAUUAUUGGUAUCCCUAUUCUCCAUAUCAUUGCGAUCUAUUUAUUUGUCACGCGGUGUCACGAGGCGAAACUUUACACCUGGAUGUUUGGAUUCGUAUAUGGAGUCCUUGGUGGUUUAGGUGUAACGGCAGGCGCUCAUCGUUUUUGGGCACAUAGGAGUUAUAGUGCCAAACUGCCACUCAAAAUUAUGCUUGCUUGUUUUUACUGCAUGGCCGGACAGAUUUAUUUGACUAAAUGGAUUCGAGUUCACCAAACGCAUCAUAAAUACACGAAUACAACCGCGAAUCCACAUAACGCUAGUCGCGGCUUCUUUUUCUCGCAUGUUGGCUGGUUAAUGAUGAAGCACCAUCCGGCGGUGAAAGAAUAUGGGAAAAGUGUGAAUCUGAGUGAUAUUGCUGUCAAUCCUGUCAUCCGUUUCUUCGACAAAUAUUAUUCACCGAUUAUGAUGUUGCUAACCUUUGUCGUGCCGACUUUGAUACCCGUGUAUUUAUGGAAUGAAACCUGGAUAGUAGCCAUAGGCGGUUCUCUUCUUCGCCAUCUGAUUAUGUUGAAUGCAGCUUUCGCCGUGAAUAGUUUUGCUCAUUUAUGGGGUUCUCGACCGUAUAGCAGGUAUACAUCAUUCUCUCGGAUUCAUAUUUGCGCGAUCGUAAUUAAACUCAACAACCAUAUCAUUCGAAUUGUGUUCAAUGCAACUCGCAUCGAUCAUUCUAAUAUCGCUCAAUUUACAAUGAUAACCGAAUAUUACGAAGAGGAAUACACGAAGGAUCAAAAGUUAACGGAACCGGAAACAAAAGAUGGCAAGAAAUCGAUUCUAGAUCAACCGCCGAAAGAGCACAAACCCGCGGUACAACCAUUAAUUUGGCAAAAUGUCAUUGGAAUCCCUGUUCUCUUUGCUAUUACGUUUUAUUUAUUCGUCUCGUACGCCAUAAUCCCUCCCGGGGCAAAACUUUGGACCUGGAUAUUUGGAUUUUUAUAUGGAUUUUGUGGUGGUUUUGGUCUAACGUCAGGCAUUCAUCGUUAUUGGGCACACAGAAGUUAUAAUGCUAAACUGCCACUCAAAAUUAUGCUCGCUUGUUUCUUUUGCACAACCGGACAGAUUCAUAUGAGUAAAUGGAUUCGCACUCACCGAACGCAUCAUAGAUACACGGAUACAUGCGCGGAUCCGCAUAACGCUAAUCGCGGCUUCUUUUUUUCGCAUGUUGGCUGGUUAAUGAUGAAGCAUCAUCCGGCGGUGAAAGAAUAUGGAAAAAAUGUAGAUAUGAGCGAUAUCGCGGCCGAUCCUGUCAUACGUUUCUUCGAUAAAUAUUAUCCGCCGAUCAUGCUAACACUAACCUUUAUUCUACCGACUCUGAUACCUGCAUAUUUCUGGAACGAAAGGUGGAUAAUAUGCCUAACUGGUACAAUGACCCGCUGGGUGCUUUUGUUAAACAUUGUUUUUACCGUCAACAGUGUUGCUCACUUAUGGGGCACGAAACCUUACAACAAACAUAUUAUGGCAAAGCAGAAUAAAAUUAUAGCCUUCCUUACUCUCGGUGAGGGUUGGCACAAUUAUCAUCAUUGCUUCCCGUGGGACUAUAAACUCUCGGAACAUUUCAACGUGGGAGCCGCCUUCAUAGAUGUCAUGGCCUGGUUAGGAUUUGCGUAUGAUCUAAAGACGACGAACUCCGCGUUGGUUAAAAAAUUUUAUAAGGAAAAAGCAAUUUAUAAUGAUAACCGAAUAUUACGAAGAGGAAUACAAGAAGGAUCGAAAGUUAACAAAACCGGAAAAAAAGAUGGCAAAAAAUCGAUUCUAGAACAACCACCGAAAGAGGACAUACCGGCGGUACAACCAUUAAUUUGGCAUAAUGUCAUUGGUAUCCCUGUUCUCCAUAUUAUUGCAAUAUAUUUACUUGUCACGCGCUAUCAUGAGGCGAAACUUUACACCUGGAUAUUUGCAAUCUCAUUGGGGUUGACUGCUGGUUUGGGUAUAACGUCAGGCAUGCAUCGUCUAUGGGCACAUAGAAGUUUUAAUGCUAAACUGCCACUCAAAAUUAUAUUCGCUUGUCUCUUUUGCACAACUGGACAGAUUCAUAUGUUUAAAUGGAUUCGCACUCACCGAACGCAUCAUAGAUACACGGAUACAUGCGCGGAUCCGCAUAACGCUAAUCGCGGCUUCUUUUUCUCGCAUGUUGGCUGGUUAAUGAUGAAGCAUCAUCCGGCGGUGAAAGAAUAUGGAAAAAAUGUAGAUAUGAGCGAUAUCGCUGCCGAUCCUGUCAUACGUUUCUUCGAUAAAUAUUAUUCGCCGAUCAUGCUAACACUAACCUUUAUUCUACCGACUCUGAUACCUGCAUAUUUCUGGAAUGAAAGCUGGAUGGUAUCCAUAGGUGCUACAAUGGUUCGCUGGGUGAUUACGAUAAACGUUACUUUUGCUGUCAACAGUUUUGCUCACUUAUGGGGCACGAAACCUUACGACAAGCAUAUUAUGGCAAUGCAGAAUAAAUAUGUAGCCUUCUUUACUUUCGGUGAGGGUUGGCAUAAUUAUCAUCAUUGCUUCCCGUGGGACUAUAGAGGCUCGGAACAUUUCAACGUGGCAGGCACCUUCAUAGAUAUCAUGGCCUGGUUAGGAUUAGCGUAUGAUCUAAAGACGACGAGUAACACGUUGGUCGAAAAAUUUUAUAAGGAAAAAGGUGAUGGAUCUCACAAUAAUACCGAGGACGAGACAAAUAUACCUCAAACAUAGUUGCUUUCGAAUAAAAAAAAGUGAAAAAAGAGAAUCAGAAUAGAUGUAUAUUUACAUCUACUAAUUUUCUUUUUUUUUUAAUUCGUGAAGAUUAAUUAAAACACUUCUAGAUGUAAAUGAUGUGAUAAAAAGUUUGUGAACUUUCGUAUUAUUAUCUUGUGAACUAAUGAGAUCAUAUUAUUUUAGCUUUUCGUCGCUACGUUAAGGUUUUCAUUAUUUUAGUUUUUUACUUUAUAUGUUAAAUUUAAUAUAUAUAUAACUGUACCUCUCUCAAUUUAUUUUGAUCUGCAUUUUAUGAAUCUAGCGCGAUGUGUUGAA